AAUCAGCGGCCGCCCCUCGCGCUGGCCCGUGCACUCCAGUUGUUUGGCAACAUUCGGGGCAGUAUAUAUAAGGGCGCGGACGGUGAGGAGCCGCGGGCAGCAGCAGGAUGGGGAGCGCCGUGUGGACGGAGGACGUGCGGGCCUGGCUCUUCUACAGCGUCCUCUUCCUGGGCUUGUACUGGCUCCUCGGUUCUCUACGGGCCUAUUACCACAUCAUCACGAGGAACUACCCGCCGGGUCCUACUCCGCUUCCCUUCGUGGGGAACUUCGGCUUCAUGCUGCUGCCCGGGUGGCUCUUCCAGCUGCUGCAGAUCGGCGCAGACGGCAGGAAACUGAUCAAGGCCCCGGCUGGUGCCAUCCGGAGGGGCGUCCUGCUGUACCCACACGUCGUCCUCACCAACUUGUCCAAGGUCUACGGCAAGAUCUACGGCAUUUACAUUGGCCACCGCCUCAUCGUUGUCCUCAAUGACUUUGACACCGUGAAAGAUGCCAUGGUGAACCACAGUGAGGUGUUCUCUGACCGGCCCAGCGUGCCCCUGGUCACCAUCAUCACCAAGAGGAAAGGUAUUGUCUUUGGAAAAUAUGGUCCUGUAUGGAGACAGCAGAGAAGAUUUUCCCAUUCCACUUUAAGGCACUUUGGACUCGGAAAACUCAGCCUGGAACCAAUAAUUAUUGAAGAGUUUAAAUAUGUGAAGGCAGAAAUGUUGACGUAUGGUGAUAAAGGCUUUAGCCCCUUUCAGAUCAUCAAUAAUGCAGUCUCCAAUGUCAUCUGUUCCAUAAGUUUUGGCAAACGUUUUGACUAUGAGGAUAAGGAGUUCAAGACCCUGCUGAGCAUGAUGUCCCGCGGACUAGAGAUCAGUGUCAAUAGUGAGGCCAUCCUCUCUAACGUUUGCUCUUGGAUGUACUAUCUUCCAUUUGGACCAUUCAAAGAAUUAAGACAAAUUGUUAUAGAUAUCACAGCCUUUCUGAAAAGGAUGAUUGAGGAGCAUAAGCUUUCUUUAGACCCGGAGAACCCCAGGGAUUUUAUUGACAUGUACCUUCUUCAUAUAGAUGAGGAGAAAAGAACUCAAAUUGAGAGUAGCUUCAACACAGAAUACUUGUUCUAUAUUAUUGGUGAUCUCUUCAUUGCAGGAACAGACACGACUACAAACACACUUCUGUGGUCUCUCUUGUAUAUGUGCCUUCACCGAGAUGUCCAGGAAAAAGUCCAAGCUGAAAUUGACUCGGUUAUAGGACGUGAGAGGCCUCCAUCUCUGACCGACAAGAUUCAGAUGCCCUUUACAGAAGCCACUAUUAUGGAGGUGCAAAGAAUGACUGUGGUUGUCCCCCUCUCAGUGCCACACAUGGCGUCUGAAAGUUCAGUGUUUCAGGGAUACACUAUUCCUAAGGGGAGUGUGGUAUUGGCAAAUCUCUGGGCAGUACACCGAGAUCCAAAGGUGUGGGAGAAACCAAAUGAUUUCAAUCCCAGCAGAUUUCUGGAUGAAUAUGGACAGAUCCUGAAGAAAGAAGCUUUCAUACCAUUUGGCAUUGGUCGUCGGGUCUGUAUGGGUGAACAGUUGGCCAAGAUGGAGCUGUUCCUGAUGUUUGUCAACCUGCUGCAGUCUUUCACUUUUUCGUUUGCUAGUGACACAUUUCAGCCGCUGCUGGAGGGGCGGUUUGGCUUGACUCUUGCGCCGUACCCAUUUGAUAUCAAGAUUGAUAAAAGAUGAUUGAAACCAGAUAUGUAAUCCAUACGAUUAGCCUGAGGUUUUUAGAAAGAUUGGUCCAAAACAUUACAACUACAGUCCCAGGACAACCAAAGGUUGCGGAAUUCUUAGUCUUGGCUCCUACAACCUUAUGUAGAACGCACACCGUUAUUCCUUUAGCGGUACGUGGCUCAUUUCCUGGUUCAGACACAUUCAGCCUUUUAUAAUGAACAUCACUAGACUUCUGGGCCCUUCUGCAUCUUGAACAGAGCACAGCACUUUCCUUAUUGACAGUUCGAAUAGCCCCUUGAAUGUCCUGAUGACCUCCUCCAAACCAUAAAAGAAUCCAAGCCCUUCACCCUUUAAUGACCCUAGGGCUAUACUGUAUGAACACUUGACCUGCUGUUAGGUCACGGUAAGGCUACGUGCAAAUCUGUGGCAUAGGUUCCAGCAGGAGCCUCCAUCACAGAUUCCAGAACAAAUAAAGGAUGAAAUACUGCUGCAUACAGUGGUAUUUCAUCUGGAAAAUGCCUGUACUCCAUUAUAGUGAAUGGAAUCCAGUGGGCAUCGGCAGUUUACGGCAUAUGCUGGAUCUGGCGAUUUUCUGUAUUCUUCGGUAUACCAGAAUCUAGGUACAAGUGUGCACCUAGCCUAAGGCCUAAGGGGGGGGAUUUAUUAAGUAAUGUAUGCCACUUUUCUGGCAUAUAAAAGUUGCAGGUUUUGGUGCUUGCCGUAUUUUGGGCUAAAAUGGCCACUAUUUUACUUGCCAUUUACUUCACUUGGUGAAAUUGAUGUGAACUGAAGCAGAAAUCUUCUAAUUUCUGGCGUAUGGACAGACAAAGAUGCAACUAAUCUUUGCGUGCUCCACUAAUAGACUUGGCAUAUCUUAGUCCAAUUCUGUUUUAGGACUGGCUUCUGAAGGGCCAGUAACUUUUCCUCAUUGCUGUGCUAACCGUAGCCUGUAUCCUAACGACACGGAGCAGUUUGUACUAGCAUGAAGGAAGAAUAUGCUAAGAAAUUGUAAACUAAAGAGAUAAAAUAGUAAUCCUAUAAUGGGAGUUAAAAAAUACAUUUUAAUGAAAUAAAAAAUACAUUUUAAUCAAAUAGAAAAUGUAAAAAAAUUUGAUUAUUUAGUGUAUAAGUACAUUCUCUUCUGCAUACAUUAAAACAGAACCGCAUUAACAUAAAGAAUUUAUCAGGUUAUCCAGUGUGAAACUGGCAGACUAGAUGGGCCAAAUGGUUCUUAUCUGCCGACACAUUCUAGGUUUCUAAACUUGAACGGCAGAAUUUUUUUUCUAUAUUUGUGAUUCAAGACAUAAUAUAAAUUACAUACUCAUUUGUAUGUAUACCCCAACCGGAAAAAAAUCUAUUUCUCCUGCAAACAAAUUCAGAGGGAUUACCUUUUUAAAAUGUAACCUUUCAUAGUUAAAUUUAGAAGGCUAUAUGUAGUUAGAUGAUGAUGCACUAGGCAGGAUAAGGAAAUGGACUAACUUUCCCUGGUAAACCUAUACUGUGUGGUCCCCAGUGAGAGACAUUGCCAUGCGACCAACAGAACAUGUCUCCCACUUAAACCAAGGCCUGUUGGCUGCUGAAAUGCAGAGAGACCAAAAAAAAAAUAGCUGGUCAUUAAGGCCCAAAAAGGCCUGGACAUUAACAGGGUUAGCCACUUUAUAGAGAACUUCUACCAUCUCAACCUAGUGGGCACUAUCCAAGGAAACCCCAAGCUCCCUCAUGACUUACCUACUUAUCUCAGCAACCCAUUUUGGUGUCACCAGCAGUCCAUGGUGUGUAAACAGUGGAUACUGGUGGCCAUCAUGUCCAUGACUAUCAAGAUGGCGGUGGUCACAAUUUACCCACGUAACCGCUGCCCUGGACGCUUCCUCUUACAGUGCUUGCAUAAGGUAUUCAGCUCAUGUGCAGAUACAGCAACACACGUACAGAAGAGGAUGCAUCCAGGGCAGCGGUCACAUGGGUAAAUUAUGUGACUGCCAUCUUGGUUGCCAUGGACACGAUGACCACCAGCAUCCGUGACAGCUGCCGACAGUGACUACCUGGAAAACUGCCACUUUAAAUCGGAUACAAUGGGGGAAAGAGAAUAAAAAAAUGGACUCUCAAUACCAGAAUAAACCAAUGUCUCUCUGGGAGUCAUGGACAUAUAUCGUAACCUUUCUUAUAUACUGAAAAUAUGUAUUUUUGUAACUGUCAUUUUGAUAUGAUACACUCAUGUUCAGUCUGUUAUAUUCUUACUGUUUAUUUUAAUAAGGGUUCCUCUAUCUGAACUAUCAGUAUGACCUCAGAAAAAAUGUCCAUGGUCCACGGUCCAGGUAUCUGUUAUGGAUGUGGCCUUUUGCCAGCAUGUCUACUGCAUUAUCUCAACUAUGCAACACUGGAGAUAUGUGAAUUAUCAGCUUGGGCGGGGUACUGGCUCUCCUCUCCUUAAAGAGACCAGUCCUGUAUAGAGACUUCAUGGGAAGAUAAUAUGCAAAGGAGCAUCUCCCAGGGAACGAGAACCAUCUAGCUAGCUCUACCUUCUUGAUGUGGCUCCCUAUUAGUCAAAGUCUGACUUUUCAACAAGCCUGGGAAGGACAGGACAUUGGAAAGUAGCCAAUCCAGAAAUCCAUCCAUAGACCUCUCCAAGCUUUGUCAUUCACAAGUGUACAAUGUUCAUGCCACGGAGCAGAAUUUGCACAAUCUGGCCUGCAUUAUAACCUCGUCGAACGCUUGCUUUAGGAGUAAUUUCUGAAAAAUGCUACAACAUGGCAAUAUGCAGGUAUCAGUGCAAUUUCCAAAGGACGUAAUGCUGCAACUAAAUAUCACUUUUCUAAGAAUGGAGAAGAUAUUUGAACUGCCUGUGGAAGACUCCUGAUCACCAACUCCAUCAAGUACAGCAUUUCUUAUAUCCAGCUUCUCUGCAGUGUACUGCCCAAUGUAUAAUGUGCACAGAUCUGUUGUAAGUACCAUGAUAGUUGUAUGCAUUGUCUGCACUUCUAUGUUGCAGUUGACAUUAGGCAGAUAAAUCCUGUCUGAAAGCACUUGGACAAUCCUUUAUUUACUUAAAGGGGCUCUCCGGUUUAAUAAAAAAAAAAAUUAUUCUCCAAACACUUCAUAUUUUGCCCCAUACGCCUGUUUUCAUGCCAGAACUUUCCUUCCCGUCUUCUCAGAAUCACUGCAUCCUGGCAGGAUGUUUACAUGCAGAACUUCCUGUUUUCAUCUGCUUCCUGCUGGGUUUUCUAACUAUACCCAGCAUGCUUUGCUCUGUAAUGUUUCACAGGGCUUGCUCCACCUAGCUAACAUGCAGAGGGGUUUGAAUACCUUGUGGCAGGCAGAGCGAGUCAUCCUGCCUAGAUGAAAUGAUGCAGAGAGCAGGGGAAGGAAAGUGCUGAUAUGAAAGAGGUAUAUGGGGCAGGAUGAGCAGAUAAAUUCAUUAUGAAACUGGAGAACCCCUUAAAGUUGGCCAUACACAAUUUAGAUUAAUGUCUGUUAAAUUCUCCAAUCUAAUGUGUAUGGGGGUGUUCCGACUUUCUGCCUGAUGGCAAAUGUCGGGACAAAGAAGGAUCAGGCUGUUGGAAUUCAUCAUGCCCAGACGUUUUGAUCUUGGGGAAAAAUAGCUGCCACCAGAGGUGUCUGGCAGCGGAUUACUCCCCUCGGCAUUCAGAACACAACCUAGCUGAACAUGCAUGUAUGCGGAGGUUGAAUAGAGUGGUGGUCGAGCAUGUGCAAUUCUACUCCAUUUAAAGUCAAUGAGACUGAUGGAGGUAGCCAAGUACAGCGGCCAGGAAUCAGGCGCCAACCAUAAUUGUACUUCCGAUCAUGCCUCAGCCUUACAGCUUUACUGUCAGUCACUUUAUCUAUACAGUAAUAUAACUGGAGUAAGACUGAAACCUUGCACUAAAGUAAUAAUGCUGCUAUGAAUAAAAUGUCCCCCUGACAUAUCAGUGCAAAGAAAUGACCAAAAUGAUUGCUUGUCUCUGACGUGUAUGAGUUUCUACUGCUUUUACAAUGGUGUUUCCUUUUCUAAUAAUGAAAAUAAAUAUCAUUUAAUAGA